GGGCUCGGACUCUGGGUAAGUACACUGCGUCGGCGCCUCGUGGGCACUUUUCUCGCGUUGUCAUUUUUCUCUUUUUGUUACGCACACUCAAGGACUCCAACUCGGGAGAAGAGUCCAGACGGAGGAGAAGGCGGGAUCAAGUGUCAACCCGGAAGGAGUGAACCCGGAAGUGAAAGUGGUCCGGUGGUUGUCGGGCUGAAAUGUAGUGGAUCACAGAGGGUUCCGACCUCAUCUUUUUUCUUUCUCCAGCUCUUUCCCCCCAUGGUGCCUCGCUAUGGGAUCGCUCCUUAUGCCGACUUACACAGUGAGGCUUACACGUGCUGCUCUGGUGCGGGGUCAGUGCCACUUCUGACUUGCCGACGCUGAGAGUCGUUCCUAGAGUAUCAGAGUAAUCCAGUUACUGUGCUGUGUGAUGGGGAAGACUUGCUGUUCUCAGAUGCUGAGAUGAAUCGUCACCUGUAUGUUUGGCUUUUUAGACAUCCACCUCUUAAUGGUCACCGCCAAUGCCACGUCCCUCCCCAUUCUCAUCAGUUUACACAGAUACAUCUUGAUACAAGGCUGUGGGUUUUCAGACGAAACAGGAGUCACACUGUCCAUCAUCUGUUAAAUAAGAAUUGGUCCAGGAGAUACUGUCGUCAAGAUACUAGGUUGCUUUGGAAGCAUAAAGCACUACAGAAAUACAUGGAGGACCUGAGUAAGGAGUACCAAACACUUGAUCAUUGUCUGCAGCUUAUCUCUGCAAGUGAAGGGGAUCGAAGGUCCUUGAAUCGACGGCAUGCUGAGCUGGCACCACUUGCGGCCAUUUACAAAGAAAUCCAGGAGGCUGAACAAGCCAUUGAAGAAUUAGAAUCAAUGUGUAAAAGUUUAUAUAAGCAAGAUGAAAAGCAGUUAAAAGAACUUGCAUUAGAAGAGAGGCAAACCAUUGCUCAGAAAAUCAACGUGUUAUACAGUGAGCUUUUCCAGAGUCUAGUGCCAAAGGAGAAAUGUGACAAAAAUGAUGUUAUUUUAGAGGUGACAUCUGGAAGAACUACUGGAGGUGAUAUCUGCCAACAGUUUACCCGGGAAAUAUUUGAUAUGUACCAGAAUUAUUCAAGCUAUAAACACUGGACAUUUGAACUUCUGAAUUAUACACCAGCUGAUUAUGGCGGGCUACAUCAUGCAGCUGCCCGAAUUUCCGGUGACAGUGUCUAUAAGCAUUUGAAGUAUGAAGGUGGGAUUCACCGAGUUCAGCGAAUCCCUGAGGUGGGCCUGUCAUCAAGGAUGCAGCGUAUUCACACGGGAACGAUGUCCGUCAUUGUCCUCCCACAGCCAGAUGAGGUAGAUGUGAAAGUGGACCCCAAGGAUUUGCGAAUAGAUACAUUUCGAGCCAAAGGAGCAGGAGGGCAGCAUGUUAAUACAACUGACAGUGCUGUCAGGCUUGUCCAUGUCCCCACAGGACUUGUAGUAGAAUGCCAACAAGAACGAUCACAGAUAAAAAAUAAGGAAAUAGCUUUGCGUGUGUUGAGAGCUAGACUCUACCAGCAGAUUAUUGAGAAAGACAGGUGUCAACAACAAAGUGCCAGAAAACUGCAGGUGGGAACAAGAGCCCAGUCAGAGCGAAUUCGGACAUAUAAUUUCACCCAGGAUAGAGUCACUGACCACAGGAUAGCAUAUGAAGUUCGUAAUAUUAAGGAAUUUUUAUGUGGGGAGAAGUGCCUGGAUCAGCUAAUACAGAGACUGCUUCAAUCAGCGGAUGAAGAAGCCGUUACUGUAUUUUUGGAUGAAAACCUUAAGUCAGCAAAAUAAAUCCUGAUUUGUUAUUUA